AUGUUACUCCGUAUGAACAGUCUCUUGAUGUCCGUUCACCUCCCUCUUCGUGAUGCCAUCGCCAUCGUGGUCUUUUCCGCCUUAGGAGCGCACGCUAUCUUCAAGCGAUGGGAGCCCUUGUGCAUUCCCAUUGUUUCGUCUCUGUUGUUCUUCGCUCCUGCAGCUGUGUCGACACUCCUCGUCUCUCACUUUGGUGUUCCGAGAGGACUUGUCCUAGGCUUCUCGAUAUAUUUCACCACGCUACUUUCAUCCAUCGUCAUCUACCGUAUUUCUCCCUUCCACCCGCUUGCGCGGUACCCAGGACCGCUGCUGGCCAAAGUUACCAAGUUCUACCACGUCGCGAAGGUCUAUUCAGGGAAGCAACAGCGUUACGCAAAGCAGAUGCAUGAGACAUACGGGGAUAUUGUAAGAACCGGUCCCAAUGAGGUGAUCAUACGUGAUGCAUCGUGUAUCACGCCCCUUCUAGGAUCACAAGGCUUUCCCAAAGGACCCAUGUACGAGGGAAGGCACCUGUGGCCAAAGGUCCCUUCUUUGAUUGGCUUGCGAGACCCGAAGGAACACCAGCGCCGCCGUCGCCCGUGGAAUCGUGCCUUCAACACUGCUUCUUUGAAAGACUUCAAUCCUAUCAUCCAACAUCGUCAUGGGUUGGAUAUUUUCACGUACGACUUCAUGGGAGAUUUGGUAUACGGUGGAUGGACUGAAAUGCUGCGCGAGGGUGGAGACCAUAAUGGUCUCUGGAAGGUUCUUAAAUCAGGCAUAAAAGCUUCCUUCGUGUAUGAGCACAUGCCGUGGUUGUCUUACUACGGGAAGAUGCUUCCUGGAGGCGUUGACGCCAUCAAGAAGAUGCAUGCAAUGGCAUUCAGCCAGACAGAGAAACGAUACGCCUCAGGUUCCACAUCAAGGGACUUGUUCUAUUUCUUGGGUAACGAAGAUGGUGCGGAGAAGGUCGAUCCUCCUAGGUCCUUGGUCAUUUCGGACGGUCUUCUUGCCUUGAUUGCCGGCGCGGAUACCACUAGCACUGUUCUUGCCAGCACAUUCUACUGCAUCCUGCGCAACCCAGAGGCGUACAAGCGCUUGCAAGCCGAGGUCGACAAAUUUUACCCGCCGGGGGAAGAUUCGCUCGACCCCAGGCACCUGCCUGAGAUGCAAUACCUGGAGGCCAUCCUCAUGGAGACUCUGCGGCUAUUCCCUGCAGUACCGAGCGGUAGCCAGCGUGCACCAGAGAUUGGCACGGGCGGGAAGGCCAUAGGUCCAUAUUACAUCCCCGAAGGGACGCAGACGCGCGUGAGCUUCUUGGGCGUCCACCGCGACCCGCGCAACUUCACGCACCCGGACAUGUUCUGGCCCGACCGCUGGCUCAUCGCCGAGGGUCUGCAGACGCAUAAAGAGGAGAUCGUGCACAACCCGAACGCGUGGGUGCCUUUCUCGUUCGGCCCGUCGAACUGCGUCGGCAAGAACCUCGCGAUGCAGGAGAUGCGCAUUCUCGUUUGCCAUCUCGUGCAGCGGUUUAACUUCCGCUUCGAGGACGGCUAUGAUCCCGCGCAGUUUGAGCGCGACAUCGAAGAUAGGUUCGUUGUCGUUAUCAGGCGGUUGCCUGUAGUCGUCGAGCGGAGGGAUUAGUGUCUCUACUAUCUGCCUUCUGCUGCUUGGCUGGACGUCUGGUUUUGAACGGACGUGUGACCUGUUGUAUGUUUAGUGUUUUCACAUACUACCCAUGUUGUUAAGAUUGCUAUGAAUGCCAGUGGCUUCGC